AUGCAGAUCAAUGAUGAUGUCAUCAGGUUUUUUGGCGUCGGCCGCGUCUUCAAGGACAACUCAGCGCGCAUCAAUUCCCUAGACUUUCACAGAAGUGAAGACCUCCUGGUCACUGCUGGCGAGGACGAUUCCAUUAGAACAUACAACACCCAGUCGGGUACUUCGAGCAAAGUCCUUUUCAGCAAGAAAUAUGGAGUUUCCCAUAUUUGCUUCACGCAUGACCCACAAUCGGUCAUCUACGCCUCCACCAAGUUUUGCUUGCAGGGCUCAGACCAUAAGAUACGGUAUCAGACAAUGCACGACAACAAGUACAUCCGCUAUUUCAGCGGCCACACAGAGAGGGUCACUGGGCUGUGCCUGUCCCCAAAGAAUGACAUGUUCCUGUCAGCAUCGCUGGAUCGCAAGGUGAGGAUAUGGGAUUUGAGGGUGAACAAGAGCGAGGGUGUGAUGGACGCUCCUUCCCAGUCCUGUGUCGCCUUUGACCAGCAGGGAUUGGUGUUGUGCGUUGGGGGCGACCGGGGCCUCAUGAGGCUGUACGACCCCAAAGGCUAUGAGCACGGUCCGUUCAGCACGUUCACGGUAAGGCCAUGCCUGGAGUCCAUUUUGAGCAUCAAGUUCAGCGCGGAUGGGAAGCUGCUGGCGGCUGUGAUGGAUGGGCGCAUCCAUUUGUUAGAUGCAUUCAAUGGGAACCUGCUGCAGACCUUCUACACUGGCUCUGCCAAGGGCGGCCCUGCCUUGGAGGCGACCUUCUCCCCAGACAGCAAAUACCUGCUCUCAGGUGCGGGUGCUGACAGGAGCAUCGCGGCAUGGAAUGUGAAGACGAUGCAGGAGGUGGCGCGGUGGGGCGGCCACACAGGGCUGCCGACAGCGCUCAAGUGGGCGCCCCGCCGAAUGCUCGUGGCCUCCGCUGACACCAAUCUGGCCAUGUGGAUCCCCAACAUCCAGGAGAUGGAAGCCAGGGGCGUCAAGUGGCUGCAGUGA